UGGAAGCUCCAUCAGGGGAUUCUGAUUUGAUAUGUUGUGGUUGCAGACCCAGUGCAACCAAUCUACUCAAGGGAAAUUGUCGAUUAUAAUCGCACUUGAUUAAUCUUGCCCUUACUGGGACAGGAGAAUAACUUGUAGUUAGUAACCAUGACAGCAGCUGCUGCUCUACAGAUUGGAGACCAGCUGAUCCUGGAAGAGGACUACGAUGAGAGCUAUAUCCCCUCUGAACAAGAGAUCCACGAGUACGCACGAGAGAUUGGCAUUGAUCCCAAUCAGGAGUCAGAGCUCCUAUGGCUGGCCAGGGAGGGCAUUGUUGCCCCACUGCCUGCCGAAUGGAAACCCUGGUGCUGAAGUGACCCCCUCCUCUCCCUCCUCUCGCAGUCAGGACGUGACGGGGGACGUGUACUACUUCAACUUCUCCUCGGGCCAGUCCACCUGGGACCACCCGUGUGACGAACAAUACCGCAGCCUGGUAAAACAGGAGCGCGAACGAGCCGGCACCCAGCCCCACGGGCCCCCCACCACCGCCGCUAAAAAGGAGAAGAAGAAGAAAAAAGAUAAGAAGGAGAAAAAGAAGAAGGAGAAAGACCAAGAGCUCCUGAAACCUCCAGGAUCUGUAUUCAAAGGGGAAAGUCCUGCAUUGAAGGAGAGCCAGACAGAAACAGGGAAGGCCACUCUUGGAUUACAGGGACCCUCUGCACCCACCCAGCCCCCUCUCUCCCCCUUGAACGUCAGCUAUGCUGCCCUCUCUAAUACAGCACCCCCCAGCUUGGCUCCACUAUCCCACCUGUCCACCCUCCCUCCUCUCACCUGGGCUGUAUCUCCUCUCUCCCCCCUGGGUGGGUCUGUCUGCUGCAGUAAGGCCCUAGCGGACGCCCAAGAGAUCCUGGGCCUUUCCCCUGGCUUCUCCAGAGCUUUCUCUGACCCAGUCCCAGAGACUCAGCCUCCACCUGCCUCCUCACACCCUCCCAACACCCCUGGGAGGGGGUUCAAACUGACAUGGGGGCUAGCGCUAUACGAUGAGGAAUGGGACAGGGCAGUGGGGUUUGGCCCAGGGCCCACUGAUGUCACACAGAGCCAAGCUGAUGCAGUUAGUCAUGGUAGUCUCGAGGGGGGAGCAGAGGGCUUUGUCACUGAGGAGGUGGUGGAAUGGAGGGGGGCAGCAGAAGACGGUAGGGAGAGCAGUAGUGAUUUCAGCGACAAGGUGGUCUGUUUAGAAGUGGAGGUAGAGGAAGGAAAGGCUAUUGAACCCCAAUUGCCUUCAUAUGGUCAUUCUACACCUGGGGCAGUGAUGAUGGAAACAUAUGAGGGAAGAGAAAGCCAAGCCAAGCAGGAGGGAAAGUUCAUCCCAGGAGUUCACUUACUUGAUGCCAGGGACAGUGAGCAGGACCUCGUGCCCUACAUGGCCCCUCUCUGUCUCUCCCCUGGCCCCAUGUCCCCCUACCUCUCAGCCGAGAGACAGGGGAUGGGAGAGAGCAUGGCUGAUCCUGUAGGGCAGGGCAGUGCAGGGAGUCGGCAGCCAUUGAGCUUGGCCCUUGGGCCCCUGCAGGCCCCGUUGGGGAGCCUGGGGAGCCUUGCUCCUCUACGGGAUCUUGAUGGCCCGGCCUUGAGGGGGUCCCUGGGCAGCUCUGGAGGGCUGGAGCCCCUGAAGAGUCCCCUUGGGGGUCCUCUCUCAAGCUUGGGGUCCAGUCUACUGGGAGGGCGACAGGAGGAGCGUGUGGCUUUCUCUCUGCCUGGGUUCGAUGAUGAGGAUAUCAUCUCAGAGGAUGAGCAGCUGAGUCCUUGUGGCUCGGCCAGACUGUUACAGAACCUGCACCUGGACUUGGAUGCGUUGGGAGGAGGGCUGCAGUAUGAGGACAGUGAGGCCAGUGGAGUGGCCCCACUAGAGGAGAGGACAGAACCAGAGCUACAGGACCUGGCCCUGUCUGGAGAGCACAUCCCUGACCCCCCCUCUCAACAGGACUCCCUUCGUGGAGGCCACCUCCUCUCCUCCCCACCACGCGGAGGCAGCAGGGACUGCAGUAGUGCUGGGGUCUGCCCCUCUACCCCAGACCCCCAGCCUGCUAAAACUAGAGACAGUGGUGAGCCAGAUUAUGAGGAAGGGUGGGGAGAGGACGGAGAGAGUGUGGCUGAGGAGGAAGGAGGUGAAGAGGAGGACCAGGGAGAAGAGGGACAAGCGAGUGAGAGGAAGAAAGGAGAGGAAGAGGAGGAGGAGGGAGAGGAGGGCAAGGACGUUGAGACUGAGUCCGAGGCCAGCGAGCACAUCGAGGUGGCAUCCUCCUCCACUGAGGACCUCAAGUCUGGUUUUGGCUCCAAGUUGUCAGAGAAAGUCCUGGAGCUGAAGGAUCUUUUCCCUGCUGUUAGUCCACGCCUGCAGGAAGACGAGGGGAAUGUGAAAGUCAGUGCGGAGGAGGAGAAGGAACGGAGGAAGAGGGCAGAAGCUGCAGAGAGGCGUCUCCAUGCUGCAGGCAGGGAGGAUCCAGCAAUGGAGGACAGGCCCCCCAGCCAGCCCAGUGAAGCCCAUCAGGACACAGGGUCCUCCCAUUCUGAGCCGGAGCCCCGGCCGCGGGCCGAGGGGGUCAGCACCAGCGCCAGCCUAGGGGUGCCGGGAGUCCAGGGGAUCCAGCGUCCUGACACCUCCAGAGGCCGCCUGGUUAGGAGCCCCCACGCCCACAACCAGGAGGAAGCCCCCAGACAGGGGGAGGACAGCAGAAGGGCCCAGGAGGAGGAGGAGAGGGAGAAGGAGAGGAGGAAGACUGAGAGGGAGAUAAAGGAGGAGAAGGAGCGUGCGCUGCGCGAGAGGCAGGAGAAGGUGCGCUUCCUUCAGGAGGAGCUGAGGCGGGAGGAGGAAGAGGAGGAACGGAGGCUGAAGGAGGAGAGCGAGGAGAGGGUCAGGAGCCUGAGGCAGAGGCUCCAGAGUAAGGGGAGGGAAGAGGAGAGCAGGCUGAGUGUGGAGUCUGAAAGCAGGCUACUGGAGCUGAGGGAGACGGCCCGGAGGGAGAGAGAGAACCAGCAACGCACUGUCAGGGAGGAGGGCGAGGCGAUGCUGAGGGAGCUGCGUGCCACCCUGGAGGCGGAGAGAGAGGCGGAGCGAGAGAGGAUAGCGGCCCAGAGGAGGCGGGACCUGGAGCGACUGAGGGAGGAGUCAGAGGAGGAGCUACAUGCAGAGAAGCGGAGACUGCUUGGGGAGCGGGUGGAGCAACUCAGCUCCCUCAAACAGGAGGGGAGAAGCAGUGCCAGUGAGAGGCGGAGGGAGUUGAAGAGCCCUCGUAGCCCAGAGCAGCAUCUAGCAGAGUACCAAAGAGAGUUGGCAGACGUGCUCCAGGAAGUGAGGGAGGAAGUGCAGCGUGACCACGCCAGGAAGCUGGAGCAGCUCAAAGACGACCACCGCAGAGAACUCAACUCUAUCAGAGAGAAUCAUGUGGACCAGGAGGCUGUCCAAAGGGAGCAGUUGCUGUGUGCCCUGCAGGAGGAGAGAGAUCGCCUGCUGGCCGUCCACAGCACCCAGCUGGAGAGACUCCGUACACAGCUAGACACCCAGCUCUCCAAGACCCGCCAGACACACACACGCAAGGAGGCAGAGAUUCAGGAGCUGGGGGACAAGCUGGAGCUGAGGGCCAGAGAACUGAAGAGCCAGGAGGCAAUACUGAAGACCCAGGCAGCGAAUUUGAAGAAGAGGAGGCAGCAGCUUGGGGAUGAAGAGGAUGAGAUAGACAGAGGAAUAGAGGCUGUGCCUCGAGUCAUGCAGCAGAGAGAUGGACUGAGAGAGGAUCUGGAGCGGGUGAAAGAAGAGAGGGAUAGGGCGAGGCAGGAGGCGGAGAGAGCGAGGGAGGAGAGGACCAAAGCGAGAGACGAGGCGGAGAGAGCGAGGGAGGAGAGGGACAAAGCGAAGGAGGAGAGCAGGAGGAUGAAGGAGGAGCGGGACCGGCUGGAGAGCAAGGUGGAGCUGCUGCAGGAGCGCUGUGAGAGUCUGAGCCGCAGAGUCAGUGAUCUGGAGCAGAGUGAGAUCAAGAGGCCCUCUAGACUGGACAGAACAGAGGAGGAGGUGGAGAGGGAGAAGGAUAGCGAGGCAGCGCCCUCUACUGCUGGACGGGAGAAAGUGCUGCAUGUGGAAGACCUGAAAGAACCGCCUCUCUCCCCCAUCUCCAGAGACAGCGAGAGCAGCUUGGACGACUUGCGUCAGUAUAUCUCCUCUGAGGGGCUGUCCCUGCAGAAGGCCCGGCGCUUCCUGGAGAGGGAGAGUGGUCGUCUGAGGGAAAGACAGACAGCCCUGCAGCUAGCCCAGGCCCGGUCCAGCUCCUCUCAGUACCCCAGCACCACCACCCAAACCCAGGCCACACAGGAGAUGUACAGGAACCUGCAGCAGGUACGUGAGGCCAGUGACGUGGAGGAGUUGCGGGUGACUGUACAGAGGGGGAACUCGUUGUUACGCAGGAAGGAGGAGAGACUGCAACAGCUAGAGAGCUCUGUAGCUGAAGAGGUCUCCCAUCAUCACUACUAUGAUGACCAGGACAGACUAGCGGCUGAUAGGAAGGUGACCUUUGAUGUGACUGAAUCAGAUAUGAGCAGCGUCAGCAACGGCCAUGAUGGCCUAGCACUCUCUCUCCCUCUCUCUUUCCCUCUCUAUCUCUCCACUCUAGGUGGAGAGCCCACAGUGCCAGCUAAGGUGCAGCACUUAACCGAGUCGCUUCAGCACAUCUCUGGCCAGCUCAACACAGUCCUGGGUGCCCUGGGCUCCCUGACCCAACGCCAGACCCCUUACCAGCCUCUCCCCCUACCCCUGCCCCUCUCCCAGCCCCGCACCCCCACCUCAAUGCCUCUUUCACAGCUCUCCAUGCCUUUGUCUGGGCCCUCCUGGGCGUGGGCCCCCCACAGCACCUCCACCCAGCCACGGGGUUCUGAGGACCUGCUCAACAGCCGCUGGGCCAAGCUCUUCCCUGGGGCUCCUAUUGAGCCCAUAGCCACCAGUUCCUUGAGGACCAAUGCACUUUAUUCAGGGUACAGCCCUGCAAGUGAGCAGGCUCGUAGUCUGUCCUCAAUGCAGCCUAAAUCAGUGGAGAUGGAUGGCCAGAGGCUACAGGGUAUGAUCGAUGGCAACAAGAGAUGGCUGGAGACGCGCAGGAAAGACCCCAGUGUACCUCUGUUCACGCGUUAUCGGACCCCCCCAACUAUGAGUGGACUGGUCCAACUGAGCCUGGAUGACAACAACCAGAUUAAAGUGUACCAUUACUAAAGGGGGGAGGGGGAAGCUACAGACGGAGCAAG